CCGAUCCGUUAAAAAGCCGGGCGAGCGAGCGGGGUGCAGCGGUACGCGGGGCUCGGCCCCGGUCUCGCAGAGGCAGGGUCCCUGAAUCCGAAAGAAAGGCAAAAGGGGAGCGAGGAGGGUGCAGCAUGGGGUUCAUCCUUUCUUACAGCGUCUCAAAAGCAGAAUUCCCUUUUCUCAAACUCAGAGCGCUACCGCCGUGCCGGCAGCUCUCUCGGUUCGCUUGGUGGUAACUCCACCGAAUAGCUCCCAUCUGUCGUCAGAGUGAGCGCGCACGGAGCGGUGCAGAGAACAGAAGCGGAGCGGGAGCUUUAAUCAGCGGCACCUGGCCGGCUCAGCACGCGUAGAGCAGCGGCACCGCGGCUGCCGCCCUCACCUGCGGCGGGAGGAAUGCUCGCCCCGCACCGUCCCGAGCGCGGUGGUACUCGGGGAAACUCCGGGGGCAGCGUUUGUAACCGCAGGAAAAAAAAAAAAACGUGCAAGGAACGCGCGGAGCCUCUCCGCUAGAGGACACGGUCCGGUUCUCGGAGAGCUGCGGACGGGCCGCUCCGAGCAACCGAACGCACCGAUGUUAAUUAGCGACACCCGCGAGCUGAGGGGUGAGCUCAGAGCUAGAGCAACGCUACGGCCUCGCGGCAUCUCAGGUGUUCCUCCUUUAGCUUAAUGAGAAAGGUUUGAUAAUGGGAUCUGGGCGCGGACGGUGCAAGGAGCGCGCUCAGCUGCGGGGCUCGGGGCACGGAAAUCCCCUCCCGCGCGCCCGCGUUCCUUCGCUAACGCGGAGAGAGACGGAGCCCGAACCUUUGUUUAGUCUCGGGGGGCUGGAGGCGCUGAGGGCAGAGACUCGGAGCGGGGUUCCCGGAGCAGCCUCGUGGCGCCCCGCCGCCCUUCGCGGAGCUGGUAUGCGGUAGGGCAGGGCCAUGUAUUGGAAGAGCGACCCCAUGUUCGUCUGCAGGCUGGAGGACAAGGACCUGCCCGCUCUCGGCGGCCCCUCGGAGAAGGCGAGCCCCGCGGCGGCCGACGAGGACUCCUGCUCUUCCUCCGCCGCACUGUCUCCCUCCUCCUCGCCGCGGUCCAUGGCCUCGGGCUCCGGCUGCGCCCCCAGCAAAUGCGUGUGCAGCAGCUGCGGCCUGGAGAUCGUGGACAAGUACCUACUGAAGGUAAACGACCUCUGCUGGCAUGUUCGCUGCCUCUCGUGCAGCGUUUGCAGAACGUCUCUGGGAAGGCACACCAGCUGCUACAUCAAAGAUAAAGAUAUCUUCUGCAAACUCGAUUAUUUCAGGCGGUAUGGCACCCGCUGCUCCCGCUGUGGGAGGCACAUUCAUUCUACAGACUGGGUCCGAAGGGCUAAGGGAAAUGUGUACCACUUGGCGUGCUUCGCCUGCUUCUCCUGCAAAAGACAGCUUUCUACCGGAGAGGAGUUUGCUUUGGUUGAAGAGAAAGUCCUUUGUAGAGUACAUUAUGACUGCAUGUUGGACAAUCUGAAAAGAGAAGUUGAAAACGGUAAUGGGGUUAGUGUGGAAGGAGCAUUGCUAACAGAACAAGAUGUUAAUCAUCCAAAACCAGCAAAAAGAGCUCGGACCAGCUUCACUGCAGAUCAACUCCAGGUUAUGCAAGCACAGUUUGCUCAGGACAACAAUCCAGAUGCACAAACACUUCAGAAACUGGCAGAAAGAACAGGCCUGAGCCGGCGCGUUAUACAGGUGUGGUUUCAGAAUUGUAGAGCACGUCAUAAGAAACAUAUUAGUCCUAAUCAUUCAUCUACUGCUCCAGUCACAGCAGUUCAGCCCUCCAGGCUGUCUCCACCCAUGUUAGAGGAAAUGGCAUACUCAGCAUACGUACCCCAAGAUGGGACUAUGUUAACUGCCCUGCACAGUUAUAUGGAUGCUCAUUCACCUACAGCUCUUGGACUCCAGCCUUUGCUACCCCAUUCAAUGACACAACUGCCAAUAAGUCACACCUAAUUCCUUUCUGUCAGGGAUAUAAGCUAUUAAGGAUGUAAGCUGAAGUCACUUAUUGUGGAUGAGAGUUAUCAUUGGAAAGAUAUUAAUGUUAACUUUUUAUUUAACAUCUAAAGCAUUUUCAAGAACAUUUUUGCUGCCCAGGUAUGUAAGUAUACAUUUAGCCUGCAAGACACUUUUAUGGAUUCUGCAUAAUUACAUAUUCCAUUGUUUACAAGCCUUAUUAAACACCUUUUUGUAUUGUCUGGAAGUAGAUCACUCUAGUUAUGUAUUUGUUAAUUUAUUUGUCAUCAAAAGAGCACUUUGCCUAAAAGAAAGGACUGACAAUUGUGCAAAAUGUUUACAAUACUUUGUGAGUUUGUAGUUUAUCAUUAGUUUGUAUCGGUAAGUUAUUGCUAAAAGUAUUACUUGUAUUUGAGUUGUAUACAGCCUAUAUGUUAAAGCUUAUUUCCGUGAGUUCGCAAAAAUAAAUUUUGGUUGCAAAUAUUUUCCAAAUGAACUAAAUAAAGUUUCUGCUGUAGCAUGCUAAGCAAAAACGUUGCUGUGUCUAUGGUUGAACUGUGAGCAUUUGUGAAGUGCUUAACUUAAAUCUUCAUCUUCCGAAGAGAACUCCAGGUUAUACCUAGGUACGCUGCACUAGACCUUUUCAGGAGUGUUCAUCUGUCCCAGCUGAUCUUAAAAAUCCUUCUAAUGGGUUUAGAUUGGUCUUGAAACACCAGAAAUAGGUGCCCACUUCAAAGUAAAUGUACACAAAACUGUGGCUUUCCUCAGAGUGAGGUUGCACGCUUGCUCAGUAAGGGAAGCUGGAUAUACAAGAUAGAUUUGGCUGUGAUUUAAGUCAGUGAGUGGAGAUCUGCUUGCCACAUUUUGUGUGUAUGCUACUUCAGCUUCUGAUUUUUUCAAUGGUUUUACCUUUUGAUUUUGUUCAGCAGGAGGAUGACUAAUGCAAUAUUUAAAUAGUCUGCAUUUCAGUUCUGUUUUGACUGACCUGUAUCACACUGCAUACAAAUAGAAACUGCAAUUCAUUCAGAUGCUGAAGAGUAUGCUGUGCUUAACUGUUAACAUGAAUUAGAACUGCUAAGCCUGAAUUAGAAAGCAUGGAGCACUGACUUGAUGGGCAAAGGCUAGUGCAUGCUAUCAACUGAACUGAUCUUUGUCUUCACAGGCUAGUUUCCUUCAAGGAUUUAAGACUGGUAGAUCCCAUCUGCACACCUAAACUUUACUUGCCUCAGAAGGAAAUCAUACUUUUGAAGGUGUGCGUGAGUUCUUUUUUUCCUCUCCCAAUGGAUUUAGUGUCUCUAAUGUGUGAAAUUUCAUAUCUGUUCUGGUCAAACCAUUUCAAUUUGGUUUGCCACCAUGGAAAGAUUAUGAUCUCCAAAGCCAUCACUUCAGUGGCAACUUCUGAAUUAUUCAUGUUCCACAAAUUAAAUUCAGUUGCCCAAGCAACUGUGUAGCAAAAGCGCAUUGCUUUGUCUAGGCUGACAUACCCUGCCACAAAUAACGCUAAAGACAUAAGCUCUUGUGGAACUUGAAUGGAACUUUACAUUUCAUUUUAACGUGCAUCAUAUUGAAAUAUGCUGGGUGGAACACUGAAUUAAAUACAUCAUUUUCUGUACCUAAGAUACCCCCUGUGGCUGUGUGGUACAAAAUUGCAUGCAUAGUACUAGACAAACCAAUUCUUGUUGUUUUGUUGGAUCUGAUAUGCAAGUAGGAGAAUCUUACUGCUGAAGUUGUAAGUUAAACACCAGAAGUGAUGGUAAUUUAGGCAUAAUUGAUAAUGUAAAAUACUGCUCAACUGUCUUUCUUUCAAGUGCAACUUGACUUGCACUAAGUCUCUCUAAAAAAAAAAAAGAAAGAA